AUGACUUUGGGUCUGCAGAAAUUUAUGAAGACCUGUUUGACAGAAGUGCAGAAUAAGAAGCUCUCCAGCAUUGCUUUCCCGGCCCUUGGAACUGGGAACCUUGGUUAUCCAAAAGAUAUAGUAGCAGAGGAAAUGUGCAAUGCUAUUGUCAACUUUUCUAACGACUAUCCACAUACAUGUUUGAGAGAUGUGGAAUUUGUUAUUUAUGAGAAAGACAACGAGUGCAUUCAGACCUUUGAAAAAGAAAUAAGUAAAAGGGCAAGGGAACCUAUACACGUAAAGCAAAAGGCCCAAAGAAAACGACACGGAGGUGACCAUGUUCGAACGACAUUUGGUUCUGACAGUCAAAAGGAGGUCUCUGUAGAUAUUGGUCCCAUAAAACUGCGCAUGUACCAAGGGGACAUUACUCUGGCUGAUGUCGAUGCCAUCGUGAAUGGUACUGAUAUUGAGAUGGAUCUCAGUAAAGGAGAGGUGUCUAGAGCGAUCAUGUCUAAAUUAGGGGUAGAGCUUCAACGGCAGAUAGAUAUUCAAAAAAAAAACAUGCAUGAAUAUGGUUUGGCAGUUACUGCAAAUGGCGAUAAGUCAAAGUUGCCAUCAAAGUACAUCAUCCAUGUGAAUGUUGCUGGUGGAAAUUACAAAAAGAGCAUUAUGAGUGUCUUUCGAAAAGCAGAAGAAAUAGGCAUAAAAACCUUAGCUCUGCCAGCCCUAGGAACAGGGCAACAAAGCUUUUACCAGAGGAAAAUAGAGGACUUUGCUCAAGAGGUUUUUGAUGGACUAAACAAAUUGUCUUCAGUGAAGAAUUUAGCAGAAGUCCAUGUGAUUAUUUUUGAUCACCAACAAGCCAUACAGUUCAUCGUAGAAAUGGAAAAAUGUUUUGAGUCACAACAUAAGGGUUUGUUCACAGGAAUAAAGGAUACAGUUAAAUAUUAUGUAACCGGUACGAUUCAUUGUUCCACUGAGUAA